UCCGGCCGCGCAGGCGCAGGAGGCCGCGUGCCCCGGCCGAGGGCCGCAGUUUUCUCUGUUUGAAACAUUUCAGAAAAGAAAAAAAAGAUCCUAUUUACUGUGUGGAGAAUGGAUUGGAAAAGGGAAAGUGGGAGAUGGUGUAGAAAACUGUUGGAGAAGCCCAGAGCCCUUUCUAACCGGCACCCGGGGCCAGCCAGACCGCGGACCGACCCAGGUGUCUGGAUGGAGACCUGAACUGGCAGAAGGACGCCGUACCUGGGAGGAAAUUGCAGAGGCUAACAACAUGGAAAAGAAGCCCCAGGACGGUAGAACAGGCCCCCCGCACAGAGAGGCGCCCCCAGCUGUGGGGCUGCUGCUGGCCCUGGCCGUCGUGAACGCGCUCCUCUACCUCUGCCUCGACUGGCUUUUCAUUUCCCCUCGACGUGCCGCCCUGGAGCCCAGUCACUGUCCCUACGGGUCCUUCAGAAUGGGACAGAUGAAAAACUGCUCGCCGUGGCUGUCCUGCCAGGAGCUGAGGACAGAAGUGAGGCAGCUGAAGCGUGUUGGGGAAGGAGCCGUGAAGAGGGUCUUUCUGUCGGAGUGGAAGGAACGCAAGGUCGCUCUCUCCCGGCUCACCAGUCUGGAGAUGAAAGACGAUUUCCUCCAUGGACUGCAGAUGCUGAAAUCUCUGCAGAGUAAAUAUGUUGUCACGCUGCUCGGCUUCUGUGAAGAUGACAACACCAUUCUGACUGAGUACCACCCCUUAGGGUCCUUGAGCCGCCUGGAAGAAACGUUAAACCUUUCCAAGUACCAGCACCUAAACACCUGGCAGCAGAGGCUGCAGCUGGCCAUGGAUUACGUCGGCAUCCUCAACUACCUGCACCGCAGCCCCCUGGGCACGCUGGUCAUGUGCGACUCCAACGACCUGCCCAAGACGCUCUCCCAGUACCUGCUGACCAGUAACUUCAGCAUCGUGGUGAAUGACCUGGACGCCUUGCCCCUGGUGAACCGCAGCGCGGGGACGCUGGUGAAGUGUGGCCACAGGGAGCUGCACGGGGACUUCGUGGCUCCAGAGCAGCUGUGGCCCUAUGGAGAGGACACGCCUUUUCACGACCGUCUCAUGCCCUCGUAUGACGAGAAGACUGACAUCUGGAAGAUUCCAGAUGUCUCCAGUUUCCUUUUGGGGCAUGUCGAGGGAAGUGAUAUGGUUCGAUUCCACCUCUUUGAUAUUCAUAAGGCCUGCAAGAGCCAGACGCCUGCAGAGAGACCCACCGCUCAGGAUAUUCUGGACACUUACCAGAAGGUUUUGAAUUCACUCAGAGACACCGUGAUGUCUCAGACAAGAGAAAUGCUAUAAAAACUAGUGCAGUCAGGGAAGGGACUUAACGGAACAAGUGGAAUAGUUACAGCAGUUCUGCUCCGACAGUGAGCUUGUUGCUGUUAAGCCAUGUGGCUCUUCCGCUGCAUCCGCACGCACACGUGAGAGUCCUGCCUCUCCUGGCCACCUGGGCGGAAGUUGCUAAGCAAGAGCAAACCAGGUUUAAGCCUGGCUUUACUUAUAAUGCCAAUCCCUCCCAGGUGAAGAGGCAGAGAAGCAGCAAAUCUAACAUGUAUCUGAAGGAAGUAACAAAAGUGUAGCUACAAAGAGGCUUCUCCUAUCCUAAAUAAUUGAGUUUGUAAGUUUGUAAGAAAGGUAGAGAAGAUUUUUAAAUGGCAAUAUAGGAAAGAAACAUAGCCCUGGCCAGGUAGUUCAGUUGGUUAGAACACUGGCUCUGAUACACCAAGGUUGUGGGUUCAAUCUCCAGUCAGGACACAAACUAGACUCAACCAAUGAAUGCAUAAGUAAAUGGAAAAACAAAUUGAUAUCUCUCCCUCUCUAUCUUUCUUCUCUUGCUUUAAAAUCAAUAAAUAAAAAUUUUUUAAAAAAUAGAGU